AUGCCUCAACCCAGCCUCCAAUCUCCCUCCAGUCCAUCCCCAGCCUCGGGUACCGAACAGCCCACACAAAUCUCUGCCUCAACCCUGCCUAAACCCCACCCUGCCUCAUCCCCACCCUGCCUCAACCCCACCCUGCCUCAACCCCACUCUGCCUCAACCCCACUCUGCCUCAACCCCACUCUGCCCCCCGGACACCUUCUCUAUCCAGCCUCUACCCUUCUCUGCUACCUGCCAUGCGGCCCUGAACACCCUGAACCCAACCUGCCUCCCGUCUAUUUCCAGGCCCUGAACACCCUGAACCGAACCUGCCUCCGUCCAUUCCAGGCCCUGAACACCCUGAACCCAACCUGCCUCCCGUCCAUUCCAGGCCCUGAACACCCUGAACCGAACCUGCCUCCCGUCCAUUCCAGCCCUGAACACCCUGAACCCAACCUGCCUCCGUCCAUUCCAGGCCCUGAACACCCUGAACCGAACCUGUCUCCCGUCCAUCUCAGGCCCUGGACACCCUCUUCCCAUCUUGCCUUCAGUUCAACCACCCAGGCUCCCUCACCCUUCCCAGGCCUCUCGUCAACCCCAGCCCAGAUGCCCAGACACCCCCCCCCCCCAUCCUGCAGCAGCUUCAUACUCACCGCCUGA